GAACACCGUGACGCCCGGAGGGAAGCCCAAUAAGACCCGGGUGAUCUGGGGGAAGGUGACCCGAGCUCACGGCAGCAGCGGGAUGGUCCGAGCAAAGUUCAGCAGCAACCUGCCGGCAAAGGCCAUCGGACACAGAGUCCGCGUGAUGCUGUAUCCAUCUCGGGUGUGAGAGGAAUCUUCUGCAGCUGAUGUUUGUUUGUUUGUACAUAAACAAUAAAUCUGAUCAGGUCCAAA